AUGCUGGAUACGAUCUACAUCUGCCGCCAUGGCUUCCGGAUGUCCUGGAUCGGCGCCGAGAACUUCCCUACAACGAACCGACCGCGCGAUCCGAUCCUCACAGCACACGGGCAAUCGCAAGCGCGGCACCUCGCGUCCUAUCUCUCCAGCCUUCCCGAAUCGGAGCGACCGCAGCUGAUCGUCUCGUCCCCCUACUAUCGAUGCUUGCAGACUUCUCUGCCGAGCGUUUCCGCGCUGGGGUUGGAAUUGGUAGCCGAGCCGGGGUUGGCAGAGUGGUUUCCCACCGCAGUCGCUGGUACCGGUCCACACCCCACACCUGCCCCUGCGGCAUAUAUGAAGGAGUACAUUCCCGAACUUUCACUCAGCUGGUCACCCCUCCUGCACCCGGAUCCCGCGGGGGAGACCAUCUCGCAACUUCACGCACGUGCACGAACCGUGUUGGAUCGGAUCCAAACUCGCUGCGCAGAGCUCGGCAUCUCUCGUGUGCUGUUGUGCAGUCACGCAGCAACAAUCAUCGCCAUGGGCCGCGUGUUGCUCGACGACGACGCGGAUGGUCGUCGGACGAAGUUUGUCGGCGCGGGCACUGCGAGCUUGAGUAAAUAUACCAGGAGGGAUGGAGGGCAGGGGUGGACGCAGGAGUUGAACGGUGAUGCGAGUUUUUUGCCCGGCGGCGUGGAGAGGGAGUGGCAUUUCGGGAUGGUGCCUGAUAACGUGGAGGAGGUCGGGAUGGGGUUGGGAUGGACCGACCCACAGCAACAGAGGCAGGAGGAGGCGGGGGAGGGGUUGCAGACAAAGCUAUAG